UCGUCAUUUGACAGCUGCUCGGGGAAGGGCGAAAGGAAGCGAAACCUGGAGGAUGAGCCCGUUUACAAAUUCUUGAGUCGAAACGAUUUUUCUUCCUUUGCAAUGCAAAGAGUAUAGUUGUGACGGUCUGACAGGGAAAAAAAAAUAGAACAACACAUCGCAUUUUGAUAAGGAGACUCAGUCAGCUGAGAGAUGGACACGCUGAUACCCAUCAUUAACCGUCUGCAGGAGGUCUUCCUCACCGUCGGAGCCGAGAUCAUUCAACUUCCUCAGAUCGUGGUGGUUGGAUCACAGAGCAGUGGAAAGAGUUCAGUGUUGGAGAGUUUAGUUGGACGGGACUUUCUGCCUCGUGGCUCUGGAAUAGUCACACGUCGCCCUCUAGUGUUGCAGCUGGUAACUGUCCCUCCUCUGGCACAGCGUGAGAAGCAGGAGAACGGGGCAGACGCAGGCUCUCAGUGCCGCUAUCCAGGAAUCAAAGCAGAAGAAUGGGGAACGUUCCUUCACUGUAAAAAGCAGAUUUUCACAGAUUUUGCAGAAAUUCGCAAGGAAAUUGAAGAGGAGACUGAUCGUACUACCAACAACAAGGGCAUUAGCCCAGAGCCGAUCCAUCUGAAGAUCUACUCCCCCAACGUCCUAAACCUCACCUUGGUCGACUUGCCUGGAAUCACCAAGGUCCCCGUAGGCGACCAGCCGGAGGACAUCGAGUCUCAGGUGCAGGACAUGAUCCUCUCCUUCAUCUCCAACCCCAACUCUCUCAUCCUGUGCGUGUCCCCGGCCAACUCAGACCUGGCCACGUCCGACGCUCUCAAACUGGCCCGCGAGGUGGACCCAGAUGGUCGCAGGACGCUGCUGGUCGUGAGUAAGCUGGACCUGAUGGACGCCGGCACAGACGCCCUGGAGGUUCUGCUGGGCCGGGUCAUCCCAGUCAGGCUGGGGAUCGUCGGGGUGGUGAACAGGAGCCAGCACGACCUGAACACAAGCAAGAGCGUGGCGGACGCGUGGCGCGACGAGCAGGCCUUCCUGCAGCGCCACUACCCAUCGGUGACGUCACGGGCGGGCUCCCGCUACCUGGCACGCACCCUCGGGCGCCUCCUCAUGCACCACAUCCGCGACUGCCUGCCCGAGCUGCGGGCGCGCGCCACCUCGCUCACCAGCCAGUACCAGGCCCGCCUCAGCGGGUACGGCCGGCCCGUGGACGACCCCAGCACCACACUGCUGCACAUCGUCACCAAGUUCGCUUCCGACUACCGUGACACCAUCGAGGGCACGGCGCGCCACAUCCAGACGUCCGAGCUGUGUGGUGGUGCUCGUAUCUGCUACAUUUUCCACGAGACGUUUGGGCGAACUCUGCAGUCCAUUGACCCUCUUGGAGGACUUACUGAGUUAGACAUUCUCACUGCCAUUCGAAAUGCCACGGGCCCGCGGCCAGCCCUGUUUGUCCCUGAGGUGAGCUUCGAGCUGCUGGUGAAGAGGCAGAUUAAGAGGCUGGAAGAGCCCAGCCUGCGCUGUGUGGAGCUCGUGCACGAGGAACUACAGCGCAUCAUCCAACAUUGCUCAUCACACAGCACGCAGGAACUUUUGCGGUUCCCCAAAUUGCACGACUCAAUAGUGGAGGUUGUGACGAGCUUACUGAGAAAACGUCUUCCAAUCACCAACGAAAUGGUACAUAAUCUGGUGGCAAUAGAACUGGCGUACAUCAACACCAAGCACCCAGACUUCACAGACGCGGCUCAAGUGUCUGCUUCAGUCAACAGCCAGCAGACCAAGUCGGCGGAAGCAGGGAAGCCCCAGAAGAAGGAGAGGAUGACGUCGGAGGAAAAGGGCCCCUUGGCCGCUUUUGGAAGCCCAGUUAAAGCAGUCAACUUGCUGGACACGCCGGUGCCGAUCUCGCGCAAGCUGAGCACACGCGAGCAGCGAGACUGCGAGGUCAUCCAGCGCCUCAUCAAGUGCUACUUCCUCAUCGUGCGCAAGAGCAUUCAGGACAGCGUGCCCAAAACUGUGAUGCACUUCCUGGUGAACCACGUGAAGGAACGACUACAGAGUGAGCUCGUGGGUCAGCUCUACAAGCAGCCGCUCCUACAGGAACUGUUGAUCGAGUCUCAGGAGACAGCGCAGCAACGCACCGAACUCGCCCACAUGCUGGAGGCGCUCCAGAAGGCCAACAACAUUAUCUCAGAGAUCCGAGAGACUCACCUGUGGUAGCCAAACACUGUCAGCAGUGGCAUGUUGCUGAGUGUGUGAGUGUUCACGUGUUUUGUAUGUCUGUACUGCGUGAACAAGUCGUCUCGCAAAUACAUAUUUAAGGAAUUUCACUGCUUCCUCGGCACAUGCUUCAAAAAGUAUUUAUGACUGUUUCUACGUUCCUAAUUGUUCAGGUACUUGUUAUACACACUUGUAUACACACCAGUUUCUUUAAAUAUGUAUUUAUUUAUUUGUCUGUGUGUGUGUGUGUGUGUGUGUGUGUGUGUGUGUGUGUGUGUGUUGGUUUAUGCUGAGGUGGGCUUGCACUUUUUUUUUUUUUUAAACCAUUAUUUGCCACACAUGAACAAUCCAUGUCUUUAUGUUAUAAGCUCUAAAAUUGCACUGACUCUCUGUAAUUUUGCCAUCGGGACAAUCUUUUUUUUCACCAGCCACUGAGACCACUAAACCAGAACUGAAAUGCCAGUUGAUCAGUACUAACAACAAAGCUCAUUUCAAAAGAAAAACAGCUCACACGUAGAACAUUUUCAGUGGCUCUACCCAUAAUGCUUGAACACAGACCAAUCAUAGUCUUUUUUCCUGACUGGAACCAACCGGAGACUAUAUAAUUGUACCUGGAAAAAGCGUCACGCCUACUGCAAUCUCAUAGAUAUGUUAUUAAUAUUACAAAACAGCUUUUCUCUCCUUGCCCUGGAUAACACUGGCGUUUCUGAACAGAUUGUAGGAACUUACUGCAUGAAUAUGGAAUAGUCUCCCAUAUCUCAUAUACAGUACACCAUUUAACAAUUGCGCUUCCAUUCAGAUAUGUAGGGAUUUAGUGUUGUUUACUGAAGAAGGACCAACUAAAAUAUCUCUAUGUGGACUGUGAAAAUGAACAGUAACCAAUCAACAAAAGCUUUUUUUUUUUAAGAGUAAAGUGUCAGUGAAGAUUGUAAAUACUCUAUAUAAUUACGUGGUCUGUAUAAGUUUUCAGUGAAUCUUAUUUUGAAGGAAGUCGUUUUGCACCCAGGUACCGUGCGAGGUUUAUUUGUGGAAAGACUAACGGAUACGAGACAGGUCUGGUGUGCAUGGUUUGAACAAAGACGGGCGUUGCAGCAGACGACGGGAGACCGCGGCGCCCGGCCCAGUCAUCCCCACGUAACGACGGCGUGCUCGAUAAACCAGACGCGCGUCUAAUGAAUGCUGCUUCAUCACGUUUCAUUCCGUCUGACUUAAAUCACUUAGGCGCGCGGCUAAUGCGAAUCAAAUUGCACAGCUUUGUUUUCGAAUGCAGAGCCAUUAGCGGGCGUUAAGAUUAGUCAACGCGGGCUAGAAAAAUAUCGAACAAAAUGCGAUUACUGUGAACAUACAGAUCGCCUUUGGGUCGCCGGUACUGAGCAGAGCAGAAAGCGCUCCGUCCACUGACAGCCGUGCCCGCGCGUGCCAGAGACUUGACUUCGGUGUAAUAUUUAUGGACGCGUGAACAUUAAUAGUCGGUGUGAGUGCACGGUGCGUUAGAGGUCGCGUAACUCGUGUUACGUUCAGUUAGAAAACCAUGUGCACUCUGCUGAGAAAUACUUUUAGUUACAAACAUGAAGAAAGCAUCCAUAUUUCAAAUUAGUUAAAAGCUGCCAUUUAUGUCAGAUGAGUAGGCCAGUGGAAUGACUACUGCAGUAUAGACCUUUGAUCUGAUGUUCCGCAUGGUUGCUGCCUUGAAAUUAAUUUUUGCACUAAAAAGACAUGUCGCAACGUGUGUGUGUGUUUCUUAGACUACAUCCAGAUGCUUUGGUGUCCCCUACAUAAGGUAGGGUGAGGUAGACUCCGUGUGUAACUAACUGUAGGUCCCAGCACGGCAAACGCCAAACAGUCUCUCCGCCAGUGCGCGUAAAGAGAGUGGAUGAUAUCCCUAGUUCAGCAGGCGAGUCCAGUCUGAUCGGAGCUUUCUGAAAUGAAUAGACGAGGGAGAUGCAGACCCCGCUCUCCCCACACAGUGAAGGUUUAUUUGUGUGCAAGAUCGAAAACCCUGUCAGUCGGGCUCCUGGCAUGCUCUUUUUUGCCUGUCUUUCACUUUGAGCGCGUGUCUUCCGGGCUCCGUCUCCUCUGUCCGUUUAAUUUAACCGGCCUGCGAGCUCCUACCCUCCAGAUGAGAACUUGUGUAUUCUUUGUACGCGUUUGGCAUGCGUGAGUGCUGCUUUUCUUUCCCAAACGCUGCUUGUCUGACUAGGAGAAGCCUCGGUAUUUCAGCAGCGGCCGAAAUAUCAAGAGUAGAGUGACGUCCUUGCUAAAGGGCUGGUGUUUAAAGGCCGGUGAAUUUUAAUCACUCGCUGAAAUCUCGACACUAAUGAGACGACGGCUAGGAUGAGGCGCAGAAACGGGCAGCAGCCUCGACGCUUCGGGACGGCAGAUGUUCCCAACCGCUUUUGUGCCACGUUUUGUUUUGGGUGCUUUGCACUGCACUCGAGCCAAAAGUAGAGAAAUCUAUUUCAGCCUGUGUAUUCUGAAUUUGAUCAUGGCGUGAAAGUGAAAUGAUAAAGGAAUUUUAAUUUUACGGAUUAACAUUAUGUCCAUUGUAUUGCCAUCUAUGAUGUAACAUGUUGAAACGUGUUUUGCAUGUAUAGGUGUGUGUGUGUGUGUGUAUGUGAGAGAGAGAGAGAGAGAGAGAGAGAGUGAGUGAGAGUGAGUGAAAGGGAGGGGGGUGAUUUAAAAAAAAAAGAUUUUAAAUAAUAUUACAACCUGACAAAAUGCCUGUGAGUUCUGUGUCUGCUGAUUUUCGUUUUUAUGGUGAUACAUAGACCUACAAAUGUACUGAUAUUUGUUGAUAUGGAAGAAAGUAAUUAAAAUUUAAUACAAGCC